AUGGGAAAACUAAGCAAAGAUAGAAGAGAUAUUUACUACCGAAAGGCAAAGGAAAACGGAUAUCGGGCAAGGAGCUCUUACAAACUAAUUCAGAUAAAUGAAAAAUUUGAAAUUUUCAAAUUAUUUGAUCCAGAAAAUUGUGAUAAGAACUUGAACGAAUUAAUACAUAUGUACAAUGAACAGUUUUGCUACAACAUAGUCGAUUUGUGUGCAGCCCCUGGUAGCUGGUCUCAGGUUCUUAAGAACAUCUGCCUGUACAACUAUUACCAGAUUUUGCAUUUUGUGAACAAAAAUCAUCAGAAUCCAACUGAAUAUGUAGAACAUGAAAAUUUUAUAAGCAAUUUUUCUCUGUACGUUAAUUUUAAUGAUACAUUAGAAAAGAGAAUAAACAACUUGAAGAAAAAUGAAAAGAUAAAAAAACCAAAAAUAAUAGCUGUAGAUUUACAAGAAAUUGGAAAUAUGAAUUACAUAAAAAUUAUACAAGGUGAUAUAACCAAAACAUCAACUGUACAACAAAUUUUAAAAUGCAUGAAUGAUGGAAAUGAUUUAAAUGGGAAAAGAACUCAGGUGGGACAUGGAGGAAUCGACGCGAAUAGUGAUGACAGCAAUGGUUUUAACAAUAAUCAGUUAAGCAUUAUGGGAAAGAAGGGUGAUAAAUUAAAUAUGCAUAAUAAAGAAUAUAAAGCUACCUCCACAUAUGCACAUGCUGUUGUGAGCGAUGGAGCCCCAGACAUAACUGGUAUGAAUGACAUAGAUGAAUUUAUUCAGUCGCAACUAAUUCUGUCAAGUCUGAAAGUAUGCUGUUCUGUUUUAAAAAUAGGAGGAAAUUUUAUUAGUAAAAUAUUUCGAGGUGAACAUACAGGUUUAUUGAUUCUACAUUUAAAUAAAUUCUUCAAAAGAGUUUAUGUAUGUAAACCUCAAAGUAGUAGAUAUAAAAGUCUCGAAUCUUUUCUUGUUUGCUUAAACUUCUUCAUGCCUCCGUCCAAUAUUACACCUCUGAGUAAUCAUACGGAAGAAAAAAAAAUUAUCAAUCAAAAUAUAACACAAGAAAGACUUCGAAAAUUGCAUGUAAAGCUAAUUAAUGAAAAGGACGAUGAAGGGAAAAUUCGUAAAAAUAACAAAACUUUGGGGAGACAUACAAAAAGUGAUGGAACAAGUGAGGAAGGAAUUUGUGUCAAGGGAGAGAAUUCAAAUGAUGAAAGUGGAUAUGAUAACCAAACCGAAUCUGACGGGUAUAAUAUGUAUGACGGAGAAAAUGAAAACAAUUUGGAGGAUAUAAAUGAAUAUAAUACGAGCAACGGGGAUGAAAUGAAAAACAAAUUAGAUUGUGAUGAAAGGAAAAACAAAUUAGAGAGUGAUGAAGGAAAAAACAAAUUAGAGAUUGAUGAAAGAAACAGUUGUGAUACCUCAUGUAGUCAUAAUGUAAUAAAAAAAAAAACCUCAAACAACAGUUUAAAGAAUAAAAACAUUGAUAUAUUUAAUUUUUACUGUUCUGAUAGCAGCGAAGAAAUUAAGUAUUUCAAUUCCGAUGAAGAAGAUGCUGUAAAUGAUUAUAUUUCAUCAGAAGUUUUUAUGAAUGAAAAACUAUUUUCCUUUGUUGCAACGCAAAAUUAUUACGAUUCAGAUAAAUCUUACUUGUUGCCACAAAAUUAUGUUAGGCAUGAGCCUCAGCUGAUGCCACUGCAACCCCCUUAUAUGUUAUCUUUACAGAAGAAAAGACAAGAAAAUAAGAAGGUAUCAUAA